UCCGGGGCUCUAAUAUCGUGGGAUCCGGGUCUGGACGGGCGCUUGAAUUGCCGUGUGUUGCCUCCAGCCCUCAGUCCACCAUACCUGUAAAAAUGGCUUAGAAAAAAAACCAUGGAGAAGUAUGUUAGACUACAGAAGAUCGGAGAAGGUUCAUUUGGAAAAGCUGUUCUUGUUAAGUCUACAGAAGAUGGCAGACAGUACGUUAUCGAGAUUAACAUCUCAAGAAUGUCCAGUAAAGAAAGAGAAGAAUCAAGAAGAGAAGUUGCAGUGCUAUGCAACAUGAAGCAUCCAAAUAUUGUCCAGUAUAGAGAAUCAUUCGAAGAAAGCGGCUCUCUCUACACCGUCAUGGACUACUGUGAGGGAGGGGAUCUGCUUCAGCGAAUCAGCGCUCAGAAAGGCGUUUUCUUUCACGAGGAGCAG